CUCGGCUUGUCAAAAACCAAAACAAAAAAUCUUAUCAGCGCGAAGGUCGCAAAGUGAAAAGUCUGCCGUGGAAAAUCAGUGUUUGUGUCGUUUGCGUGAGUUUUCCGGUGAUAACCCAAGUCAGACCGUCCGCCCGGUCAGGUCCCAAGCGAAGCAAGAUCCGGCAAGGGCAAUGGAACCUCCGGCAUUUCAUCCGUGCGACGAGGCUGUCAUUUCCACAAACGACGAUGCCAGCAAUUGCAAACGUUCCGCCGUAAAGCUCGGCUAUUGGAAGGACGAUUUCCUGAGCUAUUUCGUUCGCAGCCCGGAUCGCAAGGCGCCGGAAAUAAACCGAGGCUAUUACGCGCGUGUCAAGGGGAUCGAGAUGUGCAUCGAGAAAUUUUUCAAGAAAACAGGUGACAAAUGUCAAAUCAUAAACCUCGGUUGUGGCUUCGACACCUUGUACUGGAGACUACGUGAAUCCGGCCACAUGAUCUCCAACUUUGUCGAGAUGGACUUUCCCACUGUGACUGCGAAAAAGUGCUACAUGAUCAAACGAAACAAAAUUCUGCUGGAAAAAAUCCACGUCGAAGAUGGAGAAGUUCGCUUGAGUUCAACCGAUUUGCACUCAACCAAUUAUCACAUAGUCGGAGUAGAUUUGCGCAACAUCGACGAGGUGGCCGUCAAACUGCAACAGUCCGAGGUGGACUUCAGCAUCCCGACAAUCUUCUUGGCCGAGUGUGUGCUGGUGUACAUUGAGCUACCGAACAGCAACAAUCUACUGAAGUGGUUUGCUGGGAAUUUUCAAUCGGCAGCGUUUGUCAACUACGAACAGGUCAACAUGAACGACCGGUUCGGUGAAGUCAUGCUGAACAACCUGAGACAGCGAGGCUGUAGCCUGGCGGGAGUGGAAGCUUGCGUAUCGCUGGAAACGCAGAUUUCAAGAUUCUUGAACUGCAAUUGGCAUGGAGCUCGAGCGUGGGACAUGGUGCAAAUCUACCACAGUAUACCGGCGGCCGAACGUGCUCGAAUCGAACGCAUCGAAAUGCUCGACGAGGCUGAACUGUUGAUGCAACUUUUUCAACACUACUGCAUCUCGGUAGCCUGGAUCGGCGAUCUGUUCCAGGAUAUCGAAAUCACUGUUGAAAAACGACUUUCAUCCUUGAACAUUGACUAAUUGAACCGAGAUGGCAUCUUUUGCUGCCACACCGCUCGUCGUACUGGCAGAUGUUGAACUUAUUAUUUAUUUCGUACAUGGCACUUUCUAGUUCAUUUUUUUUUCUCGUUGAUAACGUUAGUCAAUAGUUUAAGAACAAAAUGCAAAAGUCACCUCCGUCGUGACUCAUGUCGGUAAACGUAACAGUUCUGUUGUUGAGUUAAUUCAUUUUUGACCGCUACUAUAUUUAUUUAUUCAAAAAAUGUCAUUAUAUUACCAAAUAUUCUAAAUUGUGCCCUUCGCCAAUUAGCAAGUUUUCGAACGAAAUGAAAACGAACAUAAGCUUUCAAUACUAUUGUGCAAAAAAUGAUCAAAAAACAGUAUCUUUCAAAUGUUCAACCUAAACCUAUAUUUAUCAAUGUAGUGUGAUGUUCCAACUGAAGCAAAUCAAAUAAAAUAUUUACGGUCACAACUACAUUAUGGAGGGACAAACCAAACAAAUAGCAGUAAUGUUAAAUACCGUACCAUAACAAAUAGCAUCCCAUUAGCUCCCAACUUCGGAAACUGUCUUGACUGUAGGUAGAUUUAACAAAUUUUGUCGAUUCUAAUUCGUACUCGUCGGAGAUUAGCAAAGUAUGUGCACGGUUUGCCAUUAUAUUCAUUAUUCGAUCAAUCAUUCUCGCACUGAACGAACCCAUUUAGCGAUUUUGAGUAGGUAUUCUUUGAAUUAUUCACUUCACAUCCAACAUCCAGUCAUCUGAUAGAAAUAGACAAGAGGAAAGAGUACGGAAUGAAAAAAGUGUGUCAUUAUAUUUCAGGUGUAUCGUUUAACCUAAACUUCAGGUAGAAACUUGUUGCUAUAAUUGUAAGUAAUGGAAAAUAAAAAUCGUGGAAAUAAA